UCAUUUUCACGGUUUACCUAAUCUUGAAGAGAUGUUUACACUCACCAUGUCCGCGAAAACAGAAGGAGUCGCAGUUACCAACUCGUGAAUGCUUCUUCAAAACGUCCUAAAACAGCGCUGAGAGGCUGAUCAGCCCCUGAGAAAGUCUCACCUGUACACUCCGUGAACACUGAGCAGGUUAACUCAAAGGGCCACGAGCAUGCCUGUCAACGACCCCGAGAGCAUGCUGAGCUACCAGAGGCCAGACGAGGAGGUGGUGGUAGACCAGGGAGGGACCAGCUCAGUACUGAACAUCCACUAUGAGAAGGAGGAAUUAGAAGGCCACAGGGCUCUGUUUGUUGGGGUUCGGAUGCCCAGGCAGAGUCAUCGUCACCACAAGGCCCACGGCUCCCGCCACCGCAAGAGAGACAGAAGGGCGGGAAGCAUCGCGGCACAACAGAGCGAGGAAAGCGAGACGGCCUGCUCCAGUCAUGACACGCCGUCCCAGCGGGUCCAGUUCAUUCUGGGAACAGAGGAGGAUGCUGAACAUGUGGCCCACGAGCUCUUCACUGAGCUGGAUGAGAUCUGUGUAAAGGAUGGAAAGGAUGCUGAGUGGAAGGAAACAGCCAGGUGGCUGAAGUUUGAGGAAGACGUGGAGGAUGGAGGGGAGCGGUGGAGCAAGCCCUACGUCGCUACUCUCUCCCUCCACAGCCUGUUUGAGCUCCGCAGUUGCCUCAUCAAUGGCAGUGUGUUGCUUGACAUGCACGCUGACAGCAUCGAAGAGAUUGCGGACAUGGUGCUGGACCACCAGGAGGCGUCCAAUGACCUGGACGACAGUGCGAGAGUGAAGGUGCGUGAGGCUCUGCUGAAGAGACACCACCACCAGAGCGAUAAGAAGAAGAACCUGAUGCCCAUCGUGCGCUCCAUCGCUGAGGGAGCCCGCAAACAGUCAGAGCCCCAUCUGACAGGGUCAGCCACAUCUCCCCAGGCUGCGCCAGCUACAGAACUCGCUAAGAACGGGGGCGGACAGGACAACACCCAUGUGGACCUCAGCAAGGUGGACCUGCAUUUCAUGAAGAAGAUCCCAGAAGGUGCAGAGGCCUCUAAUGUACUGGUGGGAGAACUGGACUUCCUGGAGAGGCCCAUCGUGGCCUUUGUCCGCCUCUCCCCUGCCGUGCUGCUCACCGGACUCACUGAGGUCCCCAUACCUACCAGGUUCCUCUUCAUUCUCCUGGGCCCAGAUGGAAAGGCUCAGCAAUACCAUGAAAUUGGACGCUCCAUGGCGACCAUCAUGACAGAUGAAAUUUUCCAUGAUGUAGCGUACAAGGCAAAGGACAGACGUGAUCUGCUGGCUGGGAUAGAUGAAUUUCUGGACCAGGUGACUGUCCUACCACCAGGAGAGUGGGACCCGUCCAUCCGCAUCGAACCCCCAAAGAAUGUCCCCUCUCAGGAGAAGAGAAAGAUGGCAGGAGUCGCUAAUGGCACAGCCGGCCAGGGAGAAGAAGAACUACAUGCUGAGCACCACGGGCCAGAGCUGCAGAGAACUGGAAGGUUGUUUGGAGGUCUGAUACUGGACAUCAAGAGGAAAGCGCCGUUCUACCUGAGUGACUUUAAGGACGGUAUGAGCCUCCAGUGUGUGGCCUCCUUCCUCUUCCUCUACUGUGCCUGCAUGUCUCCUGUCAUCACCUUUGGAGGACUGCUGGGGGAGGCGACAGAGGGACGCAUCAGCGCCAUAGAGUCCUUACUCGGUGCGUCUAUGACUGGAGUCGCCUACUCUGUGUUUGCUGGUCAGCCUCUCACCAUUCUGGGCAGCACAGGUCCUGUGCUGGUUUUUGAGAAAAUCCUCUUCAAGUUCUGCAAGGACUUCGACCUGUCCUAUCUGUCGCUGAGGACUUGCAUCGGCCUGUGGACGGCCCUGCUGUGUUUGGUGUUGGUCGCCACUGAUGCUAGCUCUCUGGUGUGCUACAUCACUCGGUUCACAGAGGAGGCCUUUGCCGCCCUCAUCUGCCUCAUCUUCAUCUACGAGGCCUUGGAGAAGCUCAUCCACCUGGGAGAAGUCUACCCCUUCAAUGCACAAGGCGAUCUGGACAAACUCACACUGGCGUACUGUAGGUGUGCAGAGCCUGAUAACCCCAGUAAUACAACCUUAGAGCUGUGGAGUGGGAGAAACGUCACAGCCUCAGCUGUUCCCUGGACCAACCUCACUGUCAAGGAGUGUAUCAGUCUGCAGGGCCAAUUUGUUGGGACGGCAUGUGGCCCCCAUGGCCCCUACACCCCAGAUGUUCUCUUCUGGUCUACCAUCUUGUUCUUUCUGACCUUCUUCAUGUCUGCCUUCCUCAAACAAUUCAAGACAAGUCGUUAUUUCCCCACCAAGGUGCGGUCCAUGAUCAGCGACUUUGCAAUUUUCCUCACGAUUGCCCUGAUGGUUCUGCUUGAUUAUGUGAUUGGCGUGCCCUCCCAGAAGUUGAAGGUGCCCAGCAAAUUCAAGCCUACCAGAGACGACCGAGGUUGGUUGAUCAAUCCAAUAGGACGCAACCCAUGGUGGACAGUUCUGGCUGCAACUAUUCCUGCUCUUCUCUGCACCAUCCUCAUCUUCAUGGACCAACAGAUAACUGCCGUCAUCAUCAACCGCAAAGAGCACAAACUGCUGAAGGGCUGUGGGUACCACCUGGACCUGCUCAUGGUCGGGGUGAUGCUGGCAGUGUGCUCCAUCAUGGGUUUGCCCUGGUUUGUAGCAGCCACGGUGCUGUCCAUCUCUCACGUCAACAGCCUGAAGCUGGAGUCAGAGAGCUCGGCUCCGGGAGAGCAGCCUCGCUUCCUGGGCAUCAUAGAACAGAGGUUCACUGGCCUGCUCAUCUUCCUGCUCAUGGGCUGCUCUGUAUUCAUGACUGGAGCCCUGCAGUUCAUUCCUAUGCCAGUGCUGUAUGGUGUUUUCCUUUACAUGGGAGUCUCUUCUCUAAAAGGCAUCCAGUUCUUUGACCGUCUGAAGCUGUUCGGCAUGCCGGCGAAGCACCAGCCGGACUUCAUCUACCUGCGCCACGUCCCCUUGAGGAAGGUGCACCUGUUCACUAUCACCCAGCUCACCUGUCUGGUGCUGCUCUGGGUCAUCAAGACCUCACCUGCCGCUAUCGUCUUCCCCAUGAUGGUGCUUGCUCUGGUUUUCAUCCGCAAAAUGAUGGACUGGUGUUUCUCCAAGCGAGAGCUAAGUUACCUGGAUGACCUUAUGCCUGAGUGGAAGAAAAAAAACCUUGAUGAUGCCUCCAAAACGAUAGAAGAGGAAUCACAGGUUAUGCUCAAUACAAACACGGAAGAUACUACAACUUCUGUUCAGAUUCCCAUGGAGCGCAGCAAGCCUGUUCCGACCCCCAAAGCACAUGACCCCAGGUGUGACCCCUCUGAUAUUAAUAUAUCUGAUGAAAUGUCUAAAACUACCGUCUGGAAAUCCCUCAACUCCAAUCAAAGGGACACUCGUCCUGUGGCUGCUAAGAAGGAUUGAAGGGAUCACGUUCAUAGACGAAUAAACGAUGUCCGCCGACAGACUCUAAUUCUGGACCACAGGACACUACAAUUUGGCUGCUUUGACCGUCAGCCACUUCAGUGGUUAGAGAAACAAGUCUCGAUGAUUUCUACCAGCUACCUGCAACACAUAAUACUGUCCACAAGCACACAGUCAAAGAGAAGGUAGUAAACUCUCGCGCACGUAGAUAGACAUACACAUGCACUUCUAUCUUUGUGAGGAUUAGAAAUACUUUUAGAAUCUUUAUUCCCUAAAAUUAAGCCAGUGUUUAACUAAUCCUAACUCUGAUCCCUUCACUAUAAACUAGCACCAACUUCAGCAACGUUAACCAUCUUACCAAAUCUCAACCAUCAUCAUCGUCUACUUUCAGCUUUCUACUAAACCAGACGGAGAAGCCCUUAGUGAUCAGUUCUGGCUUGUUCACUGCCUUUGGCUUCCUGUCUUAAUGGUGAGGUUGAAGGAUGAUGUAAAGCAUGACACUUAAAGGCGUCCUCUCCUACAGCAGCAAUCACCUUUGAAAAUCGAAUAGUAUCGAAUAGUUCUGUUUUAAUUCAUUUGCGUCUAAUAAUGUAAUCGUGAGACACAUCGUGGAGCGGCUCCAUUCACAGAGACAGUGAAUAAUGAAGGACACUGUGACAGCUGCUGGCAGCCAUCGGGAUUUCACUGAGAUAAAGGGACAUUUACUGAUUCACACCUGAAAGCCAUGCAUUUCGAUCUAUCAUUUCAAACAGCCUCACAACAUGCCGGUUAGUCAGUCAGUCAGUGUCACUGGUCUGUGUGGAUGAUUCAUUUUGAACUCAUGGGGGCACAGCUGCUGUUUGUCUAUAGAUAUCCACUUUACUGCCUAACAUCUAUAAAAUAGCUCAAAAUAAUUUAUCUUGUAGAGUGGAUUCUUUAUUUAAUAUCAGAACUAGCAAUGGCCAAAGCUGUAAACUGAAUCCUAGCGCAGAUAUAAACCAGGAAUAUGUCCAGUUAAUACAACAGUCCUGCAAUACAUCCUACCUCCAUGAAGCUAAUGAUGUUUGUUUCAGAAAAGAGUAGAUAUGAAGGCCUCGUUCCAAGGUAACGAAAACACAACGUUUCUUAGUUUCAAGUGAUCGUACACUAAUGAAAACAUAGUUAUGAAUACUAUAUUAAUUUCUGCUAAUAGAUACUCCUAAAUCCUACACACUGGACCUUUAAAUGUAGCUAGUUAACAACUUAUUUCACUACUGUUUAAUCUGCAAUAAAUGAAAUAUCUUUGCCCACUUGGGGGCACCAGAAACCGGAUGUAAACCCAACAUGGACACAUUAUCUCCUUAUUAUAAUCAUCAUCAACCAAGUAGAUACUGUGAACUUGUUGGCAAAAAGUUGCUUAUUUACAUCCAGCAGAUAUGGAGAAACAUAAUUGUUUGUGUUUUUGGCCUCCUGAUGAAUAUUCACUCUGCUUUUACCUCCUGAGAAAGUUAUCUGACUCUUUAGCUGCUCGAUUCUUCACAAUGUUCACCAGGUAGUUGCUAACUGUGUCUGUCUGCUGUUUGGUGCUAAGCAGCAGUGUUGGGGAAGCUACUUUGAAAGCGUAGCUUAGCAGCCUACCAAGUUCUUCACACUGGAAGAGGUUUACCUACACCAGAGGACCUAUGGGAGAAAUAUAGUUUGCUUAACUACUUAGAAAAAAGUAUUCCAUACUACUCAAUUUGACCAUGUACAUGUGAUACAAAUGUUUAAGAAAAUAUAAUACCACCAAAAAAUGACAUUGUCAUACAUAAAGCAAAACAAUUAAAUACCCCAACCUCUUUUUUGACUUGCACCACACCGUAUGAGCAGCUUGAACACUGGUCUGAACAAUGUGUCUAUAUUCUGGCUUGUCAGAACAGAAUCACAAAGUUAAAUUACAGUAAAGAAGCAAUGGUGCAUGAACUCAUUCGUUUCCUUUUAUGGCCCAACAUUGUUUUUAGUAGCAGUAAAAACAAAAAAAGGAUUUAAACUACUUGAAUCACUAUGCAAAUAUGAAUGUAGUUAAACUACCAGCAAGCUACUGCAAAAUGCAGUUAAACUGUUAGUUCAUCACUACAAGCAACCUCUUUCAAAUACAAGUAGUCAUGUGAUCCACCGUUAAACUUUAGACAUUUAGUCCUCACAAAAAUAGAAGAACACACACACGCAUCUAACAACAACAACAACAACCUCUCUUCUCCCUUGUUCACCCUUUCAUCACAAACAUCCCCCGGGUUUCACCACCUGGGCUACAUGAUGGAGAGGAAAUGCUCCUUUUAAAACAAAACAUGUUAUUUUUAUUAAUCGAAGUAGGCCGUCCGUCAUCAUUCCUUAAAUCUACUAAAGGUAUCUUUUUAUUUAAUGUGAGUGUGUUAUUUUUCUUAAUAGUGACGAUACGGUUGAUUAUUUGUUAGGUUUUAAAACUACGUUGCAGGUUCAGUGAUAAAUAGCCAAAUCUUCUUUUGGGGCAUAAAAGUUUGUAUCAGUUUUGUGUGAUGUAAACUGAAAAUGUUAGAAGACCGACUUCAGUUGAAGCAGCGGCAUCAAUAACUUGUUUUUUGAGCAGUAAUAUUUUCCCUUUAUGGUCGUUUGUCUUUCAACUAAUGAUUGUGUACAACAGAGGUUGUUCUACAGAAUAUUUGUCCUGUGUUAGUGCAGUGUCUUAUUUCUUUACCUCAGACAAGUUCAUGAAUCCUCCUGCAGUUCAGCAGAGAGAGGGUGUGUGUGUGUGUGUGUGUGUGUGUGUGUGUGUGUGUGUGUGUGUGUGUGUGUGUGUGUGUGUGUGUGUGUGUGUGUGCAAGAGAGGGAGUGUUAGUCCCUUUGAGUAUCAGGAAAAUAAUGAUUGUUUCAUUUUGUUUUUGGGGGGAGCUGCAGGGCUUUCUUUUAAGCAAUAAUUUACCUAAAAUCCAACCCAAAUUGACCGUACCACAACUCUUUAUUUAUCAGGGUCCUUUUGGGCCAGUGCAACCUUUUUUAUCCAUCCCUGUGUGGAUUCAAAGCAGUUCAGGAUAGAUAAACACGGUUCAACUAUAACGUGCUCCCCCUCAUUCUUAAUUAUCAGUCACAUCUGGUGGUCUUUAAUUCAUUCUCUCGUUUUGUCUUACUUUUGAGUUUUACACUCCAGUGUCACCUCAAAGCUCGGAGAGCCAAAGGAAGCAGAAAGAUUAUGGUGUGAAAGAAUGACCUUUUAAUAAUACUUUAUUUGUAGUUGCACUUUCUGUAGAUAAAUAAUUUGAAAUAUAUUUUAUUUUGAAGAAUCUACUAAGCAAUGAAAUGAUUUUAUAAUCAUUUAUUACAGUUAUUUAUUUUUAGAUAUACAACGAGUUCUCUUUACUUUCUGUAUAUACUAUAUUAGGUGAGAUGAUCUAAGAGAAAAGCUGAAGAAUGCAGCACAUGAAAAAUAUACUUAUAUGAAUGAAUUCAAUAAAAUACCUUCAAAAGUUAUGAUGAAGAGAGCAAAGAGCUCUGAUCGGAGACAUCCGGAUGUCGUCUAAUAAACCGCGAUUGUCACACUUUUGUCCUCGAUGGACCUAGAGAGCCUUGAAACUGAUCAUAAACCAAUUAUUGAUUAGUAAUUAGACAAUAAACGUUGAAUGACUCAUCAUUUCAGGCAUUUUUGCCUUUUAUUUUUGAUAGAAAUGUGACAGGAAAUAAGGGGAGAAAUUGGGGAUGACAUGCAACAGGUCCCAGGACAAACUCACCAUUUAUUUGAAGAUGGAUCUUUACUUUAACGUUAAAUAUCAGAGGAUGAACACAUUAAUAUUCAUCUAUCUAAUGUUGUUGAUCCAUUAAUUGAUGGAUUAAUGUAGUCGUGUUUAAAACUCCCUGUCUUACCGUCCAGUUGAAUAUCAAUUCAUGAGUUGUUUUAUUACCAUUUUCACGGCUACCUCCUCUAGAGUCUCCAUCAUUUCUAUUCAAGUGACUUUAAAGCAGAGUGCACAAGUACAGUAAUCUAUCACUGUAACAUCACAUGCAGUAAUACCUCCUCCAAGACACGUAUGAAAGUUUUGUACAUUGUGUUUGCUGUCAUGUACUUCUGCUUUGACUUUUGAAUGUGAAUAUUCUCUGUGUGUCCGAGGACCCAUAACUAAACUAACGAAUGGCAUGACUAAAUAUUAUUCAUUGUGUACAUAUAUGUAUUCUAAAUUACAUGAGUGAGUGCAAACAAAUGAAGUGUAAAAUGAGAAAAGACGAGAUCAAAUUGUGAAAAAAAACACUUUUAAACAUCCAGAGCUGUAGAAGUGUUUUAACAAAAUAACUUAAUUAUUAAGCAAUUGUUCUAGUCAUUUUUAAUAAGCAUCAUGUGUCUUAAACUUGAUUUUCAAAUCAUUAAUGUAUAUGCGAAUGUAUAGUAAACAUACAGUUAAAUGCCUUCAGUAUACUGUAUGUUUACUGCAUAUACAUGUGACUCAGAAGGGUCAUACAUUUUCGAUGGAUGUGAGUAUAAAUAUACGUGCAGUACGUGUGUGCCUGUCAUAGAAUACGUAACCAUUUCCUGUUGUGCUGUCCUUUGACAUCUGACCAAAAACAGGCCUUUUAAAAGCCAUUAAUGAGGCACAGGCUGCCGAGAUAACUUCAUCAUCCCUGUGUCCCAUUUUGUACCAUUUCUUUGUCGCACAGCUCAUUUUUAAGUGUAGAUAAAAGUGAAAACUGUGCACUGUGUGAAGCUUUGUCCUUCUAAUGAAUAUUAGACAAAACUCGUGACUGUUUUAAAGGACAAAGUCGGAGUGACGGAAGAAGAGAAGGAUAUAUAAGACAGAGAGAGAGAUGUUAGAAAGCAGGAGGCUUUCCCUGAAAAGAGCACUUGUACUGCAGAAACCUUAAUCUUAUAGUCUUGGAGCCAUAGAAAGAGCGAUGCCUUGUCUUGAGCAAAAAUAAUUCUACAUGUUUUAUAUGUAUAUGUAAUUUAAAUUUUGGUUAUGUAAAAAUUAAAAAUAAAUACAGUUAAA